CGCCGCUGCCGUGUUUACUGAGCUCGCGCGUCCUGAUAUCACUCCGCUGGCAUGGAGGAGGAGGAGGAGGUGGAGGGGCGCGAGGAGGAGGAGGAGGCGGCGGCGGCGGCGAGCAGUUGAUCAUUGUGAUGGUGGCAGGAGCAGCGGCGGCAGCGGCAGCCCAGCCGAGCGUUAGGGGCUGCUCUCCGCGCGGCGUUUUGCAAAGGACUUCACCGAUCUACUUUUGCAGUCGCCUCGGACUGUCCAUGUGUUUACUUCCCCCAGCCCGAGGAUUCGAUAUCUAGGCUCCUGUGAAAUGCAACUGAGCAGCCAAAGUACUUUGAGAACACGGGGCGGCAUAAACACCAAAACUUUUUUGUGGAAGGAAAAUGCAAUAAGCAGGCUUGCCGUUUUCCGAUGCGGCGUGGAGUGAGUGUGUGUCGCGCCUGUCCGCACUGGAGGCAUAUGCUUGUGUGUGUCCAUGGGGUGGGUUUUUCGGUACGUAGGGAGAAAAUGCUUGCCAACCACCGGAAAUCUCCUGGAAUUUAUUAGAAAAUAAUGGAUUAUAAAAAGAAGGCAGGCGACGAGCGGAUCGCCCCUUGAGUUGCAACCCGAUUUGCUGCUGGCUCAGUUUGUUGUGAUUCUUUUUGUUGAUAGGUGUCUGAUGGCAUUCUGAUAACACCCCCCCUUUCUUUCCCCCCUCGAGCUUUACAGUUUUAAAAAAAGGAAACAAAAACCACCCCAAAAUCUCUCCCCCCCUUGUUUUUUUUCGCCCCGUCGGGAUCGCUGUUUCCAUCCAUGUGCUUGCGUCUCCCCCGCGUUCCACUUAAACUAUUUUAAUCCUUGGACCCAAGGAGGAGGCUGAUAGGGAGGGUGGAUAAAAAAAGUUCUUCCAAAAUAGUGUGCCCGGGGAGCAGGAUGGGGGAUUUCGCAGCCCCCGCUGCUGCCGCGAAUGGCAGUAGUAUUUGCAUCAACAGUAGCCUGAACAGCAGCCUCGGCGGGGCCGGGAUCGGCGUGAAUAAUACUCCCAAUAGUACUCCCGCUGCUCCGAGUAGCAAUCACCCCGCUGCCGGCUGCGGCGGCGGCGGCUCCGGGGGCCCCGGCUCGGCGGCGGUCCCCAAGCACAGCACCGUGGUGGAGCGGCUCCGCCAGCGCAUCGAGGGCUGCCGGCGGCACCACGUCAACUGCGAGAACAGGUACCAGCAGGCUCAGGUGGAGCAGCUGGAGCUGGAGCGCCGGGACACCGUGAGCCUCUACCAGCGGACCCUGGAGCAGAGGGCCAAGAAAUCGGGCGCCGUCGCGGGCAAGCAGCAGCACCAGAGCAAACCCCAGCAAGAUGCGGAGGCUGCCUCGGCGGAGCAGAGGAACCACACGCUGAUCAUGCUACAAGAGACUGUGAAAAGGAAGUUGGAAGGAGCCCGAUCCCCACUCAAUGGAGACCAGCAGAACGGUGCUUGCGAUGGGAGCUUCUCCCCCACUAGCAAGCGGCUGCGGAAGGACCUCGCCGCGGGGAUGGAAGCCAUCAACAACUUGCCCAGCCACAUGCCACUGCCUUCGGCUUCCCCUCUGCACCAGCUGGACCUGAAGCCUUCCCUGCCCUUGCAGAACAGCGGCCCUCACACUCCCGGGCUCCUGGACGACCUCAGUAAGAACGGUCGGCUCCCCGAGAUCAAGCUUCCUGUCAACGGCUGCAGCGCCCUAGACGAGAGCUUCACCAUCUUGCAGGGCAAGGACCUCAAGCAAGAGCCUCUGGACGACCCCGCCUGCAUAGACACAUCCGACACGUCUCUCUCCAAUCAGAACAAGCUGUUCUCAGACAUUAACCUGAAUGAUCAGGAGUGGCAAGAGCUCAUAGAUGAACUAGCCAACACGGUUCCCGAGGAUGACAUACAGGACCUGUUCAACGAGGACUUUGAGGAGAAGAAGGAGCCAGAGUUCUCGCAGCCAGCGACCGAGACCCCGCUCUCCCAGGAGAGCGCGAGCGUGAAGAGCGACCCCUCCCACUCCCCCUUCGGCCACAUGUCCCUGGCCUCUCCCCAGGCCAGGCCCUCUUCUUCCGGUCCUCCCUUUUCUACUGUCUCCACGGCCACCAGUUUACCUUCUGUUGCCAGCACUCCCGCCGCUCCAAACCCCGCCAGCUCACCGGCCAACUGUGCAGUCCCGUCCCCUCAACCCCCUAAGCCAGCCCACACCCCAGGCCAGGCCCCGCCGCGGCCGGGCACCGGCUAUCUCCUCAACCCGGCGGCCCCUUCCGGGUCGGGGCCCAGCACGGACAUGUCUCCUGCGGAGCAGCUUAAGCAGAUGGCAGCUCAGCAGCAACAGAGGGCCAAGCUGAUGCAGCAGCAGCAGCAGCAGCACCCGUACGGCGCAGCUUUCACUGCAGAGAAACCAAAUAGUCCGAUGAUGUACCCCCAAGCCUUUAACAACCAAAACCCCAUAGUGCCUCCCAUGGCAAACAGCCUGCAGAAGACGGCCGUGAACAACUACCUCCCGCAGGGCCACGUGAACAUGAUGGCCCAGCAGCCGAACAACCUGGGCUCCAGCUCCCUCGGCAAGGCGCACGGGCUGCUGUCCUACGGCAACACCAAGCCCCUGACCCACUUCAGCGCAGACUGGAGUCAGAGAGUGACGCCCCCCAUGGCCAGCCCCGGCAAGGCCCCCCUGACGCCCUUCACGCAGCCGCAGCCACCGGCCCCCCCGCAGCCGCCGCCGCCCCGGGCCCACCUGAGCGAGGACCAGAAGCGCCUGCUUCUCCUGAAGCAGAAGGGAGUGAUGACCCAGCCGCUGUCCUACGCUGCGCUGCCGGCCCACGGCCAGCACAUCGGGAGCCCCGUGAUGUCAGGGUCUCUGGGUGGAGGCAGCCGGGGAGGCCACGGCGACCUCCGGGAGUCCCCCGCCCUCUGGCUGCUGUCCCCCGGGGGCAGCCCUGGACCUGCUGGGGUGGCAGGCGCUUUGGGGGCUCGGAAGCGGCCCCAGAAGGCAAGCGCCUCCGCGAGCUCGCUGGCGAACAGAGGGGCCCUCGAUAAGAAGCCUGUUGCCGAGGCUUCUUGGAAGAGGUGCUUUGAGCCAGGCUGUAAGCAGCGCUACCCGCUGUCCGCAGCCGACACGCCCGAGGCGUGGGUGGGGAGUGGUGAUGACAAUGAUGGUGGUGGUGAUGAUGGUGGUGGUAGUAGUGAAGGUGAUGAUCAUGAUAGUGAUGGUGGUGAUGAUGGUGACGACAAUGAUGAUGGUAGUAAUGAUGAUGGUGAUGAUCGUGAUAAUAAUGAUGGUGGUGGUUAUGAUAGUGGUGGUGAUAGUGAAGGUGAUGAUUGUGACAGUGAUGAUGGUUGUGGUGAUGUUGAUGAUGGGGGUCCUAGUGGUGAAGAUGAUCUCUAUGUCAAAGAUGAUAAUGAGCCUGACAUUCAGUCAUCCUACUGA